AUGGAGGAUAAUUCGGUGCUCCUGGAAGACUCGAAUAUGGAAGAAACUCUCGGUAUGUUUUCGGCAGCUCGAUGAGCACAAAAGGUUGUUCUCAGGACCACGCAAGUCCAUGUCUCAGCCAUCGCUGGCCGUUGUCGAGCAUCAGGGAACUGGCUCGAAAUCGACAACGCCGAAGCCCGGACUGACCGGCGCUUUUUCGGCUUCUAACGUCAGAAGCAUCCCAAUUAUUCAGACGUGGCAUGAAAAUGAAGAGCUCAAAGGGAAAAUGUACACGAUGAGAGUGAGAAGGGGCGAAAUGGAUGAAAGUUUGAUUAUUCUUCAUUUCAGUGCGAAGUGCAAAUGUUCGAGCGCAGAUACCUGGAGGCGAAGCAGGCGGCCGCUGCGCCCGUACAACAAGUACUCGACGAAUAUGUUUCGCUGAAGAUUGCCCAGGAGGAUAUGGAAGACAAAUCGAGACAGUUCGUCGAGAUGGAGGAAGAAAUGCGGCAGCUGCAGGAGAAAGCUGAGUCCUCAAGCUUUGCCUUUGCGAGACAAGCCGCCGAGUUUGAUGUCCAGAGGGCGGUGAUGGAGCAGAAAAUCAGAGAGCUCGAGCAGCAAACUCAGGCUUACGAGGCUAACAAUACUACUUUCGGUUCUCUGCGCGGAACUCUCGAUGACAUAAUGAAGAAAGACGAUCCGAAUUUCACGCUCACUGCCGAUGAUGAGCAGAAGCGUCAGUUGGAGAAUCAACUUCACGCCCAGAUUGUUAAAGUGACCGAAUUGGAGAAUCACAUUCGUGUUCUGCAAGAAGAGCUCGGAGAACAGUCAGCUCGUCUGGCUGAGACUGAGAACUUGCGCGUCCAACUCGAAGCAGCUGCCGGUCAUGGCAUUCUGGGACCCGCCGGAGCAGCCAGCACCACUUUUGCUAUUGAAAAAGCUGGUCAGCCGGAGGUCGAGGAACAGCUCAAGUACAUUGAUGAGCUCGAGACUAAACUGACGGCUGCCAAUGACAAGUGCGAGAAGGCGGGACUGGCGCUCGUCGAGUAUAUGAACAAGUGCAGCAAACUGGAGUACGAUCUUCAUCAUCUGAGAAAGAACGUCACGUUCGACAAUUCUUCAAUGCUGGUCGCUGGGAAGACAUCCGAAGAGCUGAAAGUUCAAAUCGAUAAGGUUAACGGAGAGCUCAAUACAUUGAGAGCCGAGAACCGGGAAUUGAGAAUCCGAUGUGAUCAGUUGACUGGAGGGGAUGGGUGAGAUUGCAAAUAAAUGGUAUAAUCGUCUAGUUAUCCGUUUACAGAAAUCUGAGCGUUUCUCUCGGACAAAGCCGCCUGCUAGCUGGAAUUUCUACUGCCGACCACCUCGGCUCGGCAAAUACUCAGAAUGAGACGGGCGGCACGUCCAUGCGCAUUCAUCCAGAUGAAAGUUUGUUCGAAGAUCUUCAGGAUAGUCAUCUUCCGUUGAUGGACACGACUGCUGCAAAGCGAAACGUGAGAAAACCAACAAAAAAACCCUGGAUAAUUGGAACAUUUCAGAAGGAAGAAUUCGACGCUGUAUUUGCAGCCUACCAAUUGGCGCAAAACGGCCAAAGUCGGAAUACGAUGGAGAGCAGCUUCAACUCGUCGAUGCCGCCUCCCGAUCGGGAUGCUACUCAGUCGUUCCUCAGCCAAAAGGGCUUCAAGAACUCGCCUCUCAUGCUUCCGAAGUCCCAGAAACCUCUGCAAAGUCAGCAGCCAGAUCAAAUACAGAAUAACUCGUUCUCGACAAAGAAUGCGUCGGCUCUCGUUGCUUCGCCGCACAUGCCGCUCCUACAGGAUGUUCAGCAGAUUCUCGACUCGUCGGCCGUUCUUCUCGAGGGACACCACGAUGCGAACGUGAAAGUGGAGCAGAUGCAGGUGAAGAUGACGCAGAUCAGGGAUGCUCUGUCCCGCCUCUUCGAACGUCUCAAGUCUUCCGCCGCUUUGUUCGAGGACAUUCUCGAGAAGAUGGGAUCGAGCAGUCCGUUGGCCGACCGUAUCAAACAGAUGAAAUUGGCGUUCGAGACGAGCUUGUGUGAUCAUGCGGACGUGUCCGUUUACCUUGAAGCCGCCGAAAGAGACCUGACGAACAUAUCUUUGAACUUCACGAAUCUCGAAAAGUCCAUCAUCGGCCACUCAUUUUUGAAUGACGUCUCGAGAAGAUUCUCCAUCGCUCCGGGUACUGAGGACAUUGCUUCUUCUUCGCUGCUCAAUGCUUCAUAUAGCCCCAUCUUCAAAUUCGACACCAACAAUACCGUCGAAGUAGAAAAACUGAAGAAGGAAUUGGCGGAAAUGAAAAACGAACUGGAAAUGGCGCGUGCCAGAGAGUUGAAGUCUCCAAUUCAUAGCUCGCCAAGUCGUCUGUCCGAUGUGCAGAUCAAGGCUGCGCAGAACUUUGAAGAGCUGGAAGUUUGCCAGGCAACACUGAAAAAGGUCGAAUCUGAGAAGAAUGCUCUUGCUCACGAACUCGCCGAGCUCGAAGCAACACAUCAUCUUCUUUCGACGCAACUCGGCGAGGCACGCCAGGAACUCGACAAGGCUCUCGGAACCAUAGCCACGGAGCAAAGAGACAGAUACGAUGUGGUUGCUGCGCUCGGCGAAACUCAGAAGCAGUUGAUCGCCCUCGAGAACCAGGUUGGAGAUCAGAACAGCGCCUACAUGGGCGAGAUGGAGAGACGUCUGAUGGAAACUCGCGAGCAGGCAGUGGCCGAGUGCCAGGAAAUCAUCGACAGACUUCAGAACGAGCUGAAACUGUCGAUUGCCGAAGAGGAGUCGCUGCGAGAUUACAAGGACAGACUGCACGUGGAAGUCGGAAGACUGAAGCAGAGAACGAGCGAAGCGGAGGAAAAGGUCGAGGCAGGUGCCAACGAGAAGCAGCAACUGAUUGAGCAAAUUGUGGAGCUGGAGAAUCAGCUGGAAAGACUGACUGUCUACGAGAAACAGUCGACAGAUUGUGCAGCGAAAAUUGCGGCAAAGAAGAAGGAGAUCGAGUCGGCGAAACUUCAAGAUGAAGUUACGAAGGAAGCUGUCGAAGGAUUGCGCCGGAUCCAGAAAGAGUUGUCAGAGUUGACAAAGCAGAAAAUGAAACGGCAGAUCGUCAAUGGGUUAGUUUAGAAAUGGAAACUGAAAAGUAUAAACUUCGAUUGCAGAGAUGUCUCCUCCAUCAGAUCCUCCUGCGAAGAGAUUUGCACUCGUUUGACCGAAGAGCGCGCCACUCAGCACAACUACGCCAAGCAAGUGGCCGCAGUCAAUGAUAUGCUGGAGAAGGAGGAGCAGGAGAAGCAGCAAGCCAACAAGUUUACUGUCGACAAGGAGAACGCCCCGCCCACUCAAUCCACGGUUACACCUGGAACUUCUUCACAAAAAACGGCUUCCAGUACGAAUCCAGUUUCCCAUCCCGUCAGAAUCCUUCCUAUUCCAGAGUUCCACUGCCCGACGCGUCAGAUGCUGCACGAGUCGACGAUGGCGGUCGAUGCAAUCGUUCAGAAGCUCAAGAAGGCGGCUCAAGAGAAUUCAUCCGCAAUGGCUCCUGACCUCAAAACGUCGUUUGUGCAGUUGAUCACCGAAUCAAGAACCCUCCGCGAUUUCCUCCAUCAAAAGUUGAACCUCUUCAAGGGAAUCGAUGUGACCAAUUGGAAGAACGAGACUGUUGAACAGCUUCUGGAGAGACUCGAGCGGUGCUACCAAGACAAUCUGAUUCUCGAGGAAGAGAUCAGAAAGUACAAGAAGGAGAUGAAGCAGCUGAAGGCGGCGAUUCCGGUCAGUCACUCGUGCCGACAACCCUUACGGAAUCCUUUUUCCAGAAUCUGGGCGCCGACGUGCAAGAGGCAAUCAAACGAGAGAUUGGUGGAAUCGCCAAGGACAUGAGAGCUGUGAAGGAAUUGCGCAGAAAGUGA